AUGUCAACUCUCCUCAAGAGGGCGAGGGUUAUCAGCCCAAGAAAACCAUUACUUCCACUACGCUUUCCCAAAACAGGCUUCCACGUGGUCAGCGAUGACCUAGCCCUAGAUGAGGAGCAUUAUGAAGGCUUUCACAGAGGACAUUACUUUCCUGUAAAUAUUGGCGACGUUUUCAAGUCAAAGUAUCAGGUUCUCGGAAAACUGGGAUGCGGUGAAACAUCAACGGUAUGGCUAGCCCGCGAUCUCGAAGCACAUUCUCAUGUUACUCUCAAAGUAUAUACUCGAGAUGGGAACCCACAGGACGAAUUCCAGAUCUAUCAGCGUUUGAGUAAAGGCAACCAUUCGCAUCCAGGCUAUUCUCAUGUCAGAACUGCACUCGAAACAUUUACAAUACCUCGUCUUGGUGGUGACCACACUUGUCUUGUUCAAAAGCCAAUGUGGGAAAGCUGGGAGGACCUAACAUACCGCAUUUCGGACGGAAUUUUUACAGAGGAGCUUCUAAAAGGUUCCCUCAAACACUUGUUCUUAGCACUAGACUACCUGCAUACAGAAUGUCAAGUCGUGCAUACUGACAUCAAAGCCGAUAAUGUUCUUCAGCAGAUAAAAGAUCAAUCUAUUCUGGACGAUUUCACCAAAGGUGAGAUGGAACAUCCAUCUCCAAGAAAAAUAGUGGAUGACAUGACAAUCUACGCAUCGAGGCAACUGGGCGUUCCAAGGUACUUCGGGAGAGCCGUAUUGAGUGAUUUCGGCUCAGCAGUACGAGGUGAUAAAAAGAGGAACCAUAACGCAGGACCACAGAUAUACAGAGCGCCUGAAGUAAUGGUAAAAGCGGCCUUGAGCUAUCCAGUCGAUAUAUGGAACGUAGGUGUGAUGGUAUGGGAUCUUUUCGAGGAUAGACAUUUGUUUCGUGGAGACGAUCCUGAUGGAAAAGGCUACUCAACUCGCGCGCAUCUAGCAGAGGUUAUUAGUAUGCUAGGUCCUCCGCCUCUAGACUUGCUCGAGCGAGGAACUAGAACAGCUGAGUUCUUUGAUAAAGAAGGAAAAUGGAUAUCUGAGAUGCCUGUUCCACAGGGAACGAGCUUGGAAGAAUCUGAGAUUCGCCUUCAAGGCAGAAACAAAGAAGUGUUUUUGGAUCUCAUGCGAGGAAUGCUUCAAUGGCGGCCUGAAGACAGCGAAGCAGUUGCUCGAACAUCCUUGGAUAACUCAGAUCAUAGAGUGACCUCAAAGCACACUAGAAGCAAAGAGACUUCCUAUCUUUAUUGGCUUUGCUUUUCAGGUAUACAAGUCAAUCUAGUAUUGAACCUCACUGCAUAA